AAAGAAGAUAACCGAGGAAACGAUGUCGAGAAAAUAAAGAGAAAACUGCAAUCAAUCGCAUCCGACGGCCAAGGCUGGGCCACGACCGACGAUAUUUUCAUACGCCAGCCUAGUUGAUCAUGCCUAGCGGCUCCAAAAAUAGCAUCGUUUGUGUACGGCGCCUAAUGUAAGAAAUGAUGGAUGUGUAUGUAUGCAACUCAUCCUUCCUUCCUCGACCGAGCAUGAUAACACCAUUGAUAUCCUUCCAACUCACUGCAGUCGGUUUGGUGGACACGUACCACAUCGAUCGAUCACGUAUACGUCACGUGGAGUACAUCGAACUGAUCGAUCCCAUCCCUGUAUAAAUGGAGAUGCCACUCACCUCAAGCUCCAGGCCAUCCUCGAGUUCAAGUAGACGACGCGGUGGUGAAUCACGAGUGUGGUACCUAACCUAGCACUACCACCAUGGUGCAUCAAGCUCACGGCCUGCUCGUGCAGGAGGUGGCCGCCGACGGGGAGCUGCCAAGCCGCUACGUGCUCAAGGAGCAGCAGGGCCGCCCGGCCGCCGCAGCCGACGCACAGCGUGCCGCGCCGUCCAUCCCCACCGUGGACAUGGGCCGCCUGGCCGACGCCGAUGCCGGCGAGGCCGACAAGCUCCGGUCGGCGCUCGCCUCCUGGGGCCUCUUCGCGGUGACCGGCCACGGCAUGACGGAUCCGUUCCUCGACGCGAUGCUCGGCGCGGCGCGCGGGUUCUUCCACCUGCCGACGGAGGCCAAGCAGGAGUACAGCAACGUGGUGGACGCCGACGACGGGGGCCGCAAGUUCCAGCCCGAGGGCUACGACGUCGACCGCGUCGACACGGACGAGCAGGUCCUCGACUGGUGCGACCGGCUCUACCUCCAGGUCCGCCCGGACGAUGCGCGGCAGCUCCGCUUCUGGCCGACUCACCCGUCGGACCUCGCCGAGCUCCUCAAAGAGUUCAGCGUCGAGGGCGAGAAGGUGGCCAAGCUCGGUCGUCCGCCCGGUGGCGGCUGGGAUCGGGAGGGGAGGGGGAGCUCGAGCCGCCGCAUCGCCCCAGCCGCUCGAGCCGCCGCGUUGAACCGAUCCAGAUUCAGGUGAAAAAGGAUCACGGGUUGAGUAGGCAAAAUUACAGGGGA